UAUGAUCGUUAGAUCGCAUUGAAAACGAUCUACGGUUUUAAAAAAAACUCAAACUAAAACGAAAAAGAAAAACUAAAAGUAAAAAGUAACUCUAGCAGGCGAGCCCCGCCAGUCCACUCCCCCUCCUCCUUCCCCCUCCUUUUUGUCCUGUUGUGAGGGAAAACCUUCCCAAACCCACCCAAAAAAUCCUUCUUUUCUCCUUUCUCAACCCUCAUUGUGAGCCCCCAUUUGCAAAAGACCAUUCUUUUGCUUCUUUCCACCUCCCAUAGUGCGUGGUCUUACCAUUUUACCCCAUUUUUGCCACAUGGUGCCCUAAGGUUGUGGACAUGGGUUCAAAUGAUUGUAUAUUAUAGUGAAACCGGUUGUUUGACCACUUCAUUGAGGUGAUUAUAGAAAAUAUAACGGAUAAAUAUAAUUAAUGUAUGAGUAAUUAGAAAAUGACCAAACAUUUGCAUCCUAUUUCCUUUGGUGUCCUCGUAAUCACAUGAGAGACCAUUCACCACUUCACAUCUUAUUUUGAAAGAACAUAGCUUUUAUUGUUCUUCCAACUAAACCCAAAUUGGAACCAAAAUAAAUUAGCCAUCAACACACCUCCCAUCAUUUUAAUCAAUUAGCCACAUGAUCAAAUACCCAACAAAAGAAAGAAAACUAAACAUAGAAAGUGUAGUUAAUGGAAAUCAAUUAAAUAAAAAUCAUAAGCUAAUUCAAACAAAUUCACAAAAAUAUGGACACAAAUUAAACACACUUUCCCCUUUCCCUCCCAUCCCUUUCAAACAAAUUGACAUCGGCGGCUAAAAAAUCCAAAAUCCCUCCAUUAACCAGACAAAAAAAAAUGCUUAAUUUCAGUAGAUGAAGAAGCUACUCGCAUGGCGGCCUAGUGGUUGUCACAAUGGAGGGCUCAUCAUCUCUACUGUCACUAUUACUACCACUACUGCUACUUCUUCCACUCCCCUCAAAUACCCAGUUCCUAGAUCUCCUCCACCCACUCUGCUCCCAAACCGCCGGAACCUACACCGCCGGCAGCACAUUCCGGCGGAAUCUCGACUCCGCCCUCUCCUCAAUCGUCUUCGACACCGAAAUCGACAACGGGUUCUACAAGGUCUCCGCCGGGUUCGGCCCAGAUCGGGUCGAGGCAAUCGGGCUCUGCCUCGGAGACCUCGACCCGCCGAAUUGCCGAUCCUGCAUCAGCCGAUCCGCGAGCAGGAUCGUGCAAUCCUGCCCGAAUCAGAAGGAAGCAAUCUUGUACUACGAUUUCUGUAUGCUGCGCUACUCCAGUCCAUCACUUCGCAGCAACUCCGACCUCACAGAAUCCGCUCCGAUUCCGCCGCCGGCCGGAGCGGGAUUCGCAGGAUCCUCUGUGAACCCGAAAUUGGCGGAUCUUUUGACCCGGAUCCGGAAGGAAGCUGCUGGAGGAGGCUCGCUGAUGAAGUACGCUACUGGAGUUGCCGAGUUGGGAAGGUCCAAAACGGCAUACGGACUCGCUCAGUGUAUACCCGAGUUGUCGGGCCCGGACUGCGAUUCCUGCCUGGACCACCUGACGUGGAUGGCUCCUGGCGCGGGGGAAAUCGGGCGCGUGGCUGUGAGCCUGAGCUGCUGGCUGUGGUACGGGAUGCUCGAGCUCGACGGACCCGAAGGGUCUUGUUCCGAUUCAAAACUCGGUACCGAAAUCGCUAGCUACGGUGACGAACUUGACGGUUUACUAGACUCGUUAGUAGAGAAAGCGUCACAGGCAAAUUUUUUCUCAACGGGAACAUCCCCUGGCGGCAAUGUACACGCGCUCUACCUCUGCCUCGGAGACGUCGUCUCCGGCGAGGAGUGCAAGAGCUGCGUGGCUGAUGCGGCGCACGAUAUGCGAUUAAGGUGUCCUUCAAAUCGAUCUGCUGUCAUCUUGCGGGAGAAGUGCUUGGUGAGAUACUCCGAUCAGCUGUUCUUCGGGGUUUUGGAGAUGGAACCGAGGGUAACUCGAGGUGAUGAUGAAGAGAAUAGUAGCAGCAGUACUACUGCUCCAACCCCGACUACUUCAUCAAGUGGAUCGAACAACAAUAACUGCAAGGCAGUCAUGGCAUUGGUGCAUGAAUUGGCGGGUUAUGUCCCCUACACGGCUAUGAUGUACGGGACAAACUCGUCGCUGACAGAUAACCAGUCAAACUAUGCGAUGGCACAAUGUACGAGGGAUCUCAAUUCCACGUAUUGUGAAGUGUGUUUGAAUCAACUGAUUAUGAUCGCCUCGGGAUGCUGCCUGAAGUACAGCAGCGGGUGGCGGGUUCAGACGCCGAGCUGUAGCUUGUGGUACAAGCAAACUUUGUUCUAUAAUCCUGUGGCGCCUGAUACUGACUAUAGUCGUAGCCAUGAUACUAGUGUUAGUUCCUUGAAGGUGUCGAUGGCUGUCGUAGGAGGAGCCGCAUUUGCUGCUGUUGUCUUAGCCGUGACAUGUUUUCGGUGUUAUGUACGGUUUUCGUGUAAACGAAGACUCACAGGAAUCCUGAACAGGGAAGGAAUCCAAGUAACAGAACAUGAAAGCAACACCACAGAGAUGCAAUUCUACACUCUAGCUGCUGUUCAAGCUGCCACCGAUAACUUCUCCGACGGGAAUAAGCUUGGUGAAGGAGGUUUCGGACCGGUUUACAGGGGGAGGUUGCCGAGUGGAGAAGAAAUCGCGGUUAAGAGACUGUCGAUGACAUCGAAACAAGGGCUAGAAGAGUUCAGGAACGAAGUGAUGGUGAUUCUGAAGCUUCAGCACAAGAACCUUGUCAGGUUGUUGGGUUGCUGUUUGGAGAGAGGGGAGAAGCUGCUGGUCUAUGAGUAUCUUGCCAAUACCAGCCUUGAUGUUUUCCUGUUUGAUGCUAGCAAGUGCAAGGAACUUGACUGGGAGAAGAGAGCAAACAUCAUAACCGGGACCGCCAGGGGACUUCUGUAUCUACACGAAGACUCGAGGCUGAAGAUCGUCCACCGCGAUCUGAAAGCGAGCAAUGUCCUGCUGGAUGAUGAGAUGAACCCCAAGAUCUCGGAUUUCGGAACUGCAAGGAUUUUCGGAGGGGACCAGCACGAGGCCAGCACGGACAGAGUCGUCGGAACAUAUGGAUACAUGGCGCCGGAAUACGCACUGGGAGGAGUGAUUUCGACGAAAUCGGACGUUUACAGCUUCGGAAUCCUGAUGCUGGAAAUCAUAAGCGGCAAAAAGAACAGGGGACCCUUCAAUCAAGAACAAGCCACUAGCCUUCUGUCACUAGCGUGGGAGAAGUGGAGCGAAGGCAGAGGAGACAAGCUGAUAGACCAAACCAUCGUCGACGGCUGCUCCACCAGCGACGCGUUGAGGUGGAUCCAUGUCGGGUUGCUUUGCACCCAAGAUGACCCGGCGGAACGACCCGACGUGUCGAAGGUCGUCCUGAUGCUUGGGAGCACGGCGGUGUACCUACCCCAGCCGCUGAAACCACCGUUCUCUCUCGGGAACUUCUCGUCGGCCGGCGGCGGCGGCGACGACGGUGACGAUGAUCAGUCUUCCUCUUCGAGGGAAGGGACUGUGUAUUCUUCUCCCGUGUCGACGUAUCAAUCUGUAGUUAACUGUAGUCAUUCUGCGUAGAUAAUGUUACAACUAAUUUAUUCUUUUUGUUAUAGUUUAGUAUGUUUCGGUUAGUUCAUAGCUGAUGAUGACUAAUGCACAUUCCUAUGAUGUGGAAUAUGAUACUAAUUUGGUAAUGGUUUUGUUACGGUGAUUUUGCGGUCGGAAGAACGAAGAAAUAUGAUUUAUGGGUGUAGAUUUGAAACCCUAUGUAUGUUCAUACCACAGCUAUUAUAGAACCCCUAAAUUGUAAAUUCCAUUAGAAAAGCGUACGUACAGGGCUCAUAUAUAGCGUCAAAUAUCUACAAAACCCGAUACCACUCUGUUAGCCCGAGCUAAAACUCCAAAUCCUCGUUUCUAUAUAAGUAGAGGUGAUAAAUUGAUUGGAUUCAGCAGCGGUUGGUGUAUUCGUGGAUUUGGAUCAAAUGGAUUGGUGAAUUCAUUGAUUGAUAGAUUGGAUUCAUGAAUCCAAGCGACGUAUAAACAUUGGACCAAUAU